UAACCACUGAGCUACAGGACUCCGAGAUGCAGCCCCACGUGAAGUUGUUCUUUUGUGGAGUGGAUUAUCAUAUUGAGCGAUGUGGAGCAAAGGCGAGCAACGGCAUUAAAGAGCAAGUGAUUUCGUAAAAAGGCAGAAUGGAUCAAUAGGUGUAUAGCUCCUCGUGUGGCUUUUAUGUUUGUCACUGAGAGCGGUUCAGAUUUCAGACAAGUGCUGAAGGGUAGGUUCGCUUUCCAAAAUUAAAUUGGCAUACCUGUCAGCGAAGGAAGAAUAGUUCCUGAAACUUGACACCUGGCAAGACACCGUCCGUCCUCCCAGGUAGAAGACAUGAUACAUCAAAAUGGAGGGUGAGCCAGAGGGUAGCAGCUCCUACGUGCUGGGAGGCGGUGUGGACGAGUUGCACCAGUUCGACUGGUAUCAUGGCGAUAUCUCAGCCCACGCUGCUGAGGCUCUGCUCAUUCUGAACGGACAGGAUGGCAGUUACCUGCUACGUCGAGACCAAGAUGUGCCCAAGCAGUUUGUGCUGGAGGUGAGAUCAAAGGAUUCCGUCAAGCACUUUCAGGUGAAGCGGUUGGAGACGGGGUACAUCUUUGGCUUAUACACAUUCCUGACGCUUCAGGAGUUUCGGAAUCACUUUGCCGAUCAGCCCCUGAUCGGAAACCUUGCAGGCUCCCCAGUGUUGCUGAAGUCCCCUUACCCCAGGGAAGUGCCUGAACCUCUGUUCUUUGAUCCAGUCACUGUUCACCUGACCUUGAAGUCUGGCUGCUCAGGCACUGAGCUGGUGGCUGAAGCUCCUGCUCUUGGCACUAAGGAAGGUUUCUUGUUGAUACUGAGUAAGCUACUCAAGACCUGGAACACGCGCUGGGUGACUAUCCAGAGGUAUGAGCUGAAGUAUUACAAAGAGAAGCAGGACAGAGAUCCGCUUGGCAUUAUCAACCUGUCGCAGUGCACAGAUAUUCAGUUUGACUACUCACAGGGCAAAGUCAACUCCUUCUGCCUGGUCUUCCCAGAACAGACACACUACCUUGGGGGGAAGUCUGCCCAGGAGACAGAUGAAUGGAUCAAGUUGAUUCGUUGGAAGCUGAAACAGAAGAAGAAGCAGAGACGGUCCUGCUCAGUCUCACAGUCGAGCUGAAUGAAUGUGUUGUGGCUGACGGUGGGAUGGAGCGGUUUGGCUGUGUUCUCACCACAUCUCCUGAUUUCCGCCAUCGCUUCACCAAGCUGCUGUGGCCACACAACACAAGGCAGGACAGCAAGAGGACAGUCACAGCCCAGAGGAAUUGAAAUGAACUCUUGUCUAUCAUAAGAGAUCUGCUCCCUGGGGGAGAGGGAACGUUCACCAAUCCAUCGCCACAUGAACAGCUCUUUGAAAUCCUCUGCAACUCUUCUCAAGAAGCUUCACAGCGUUGUGUGAGGAUUCACUAACACAAAGCUAACUGCUGGUAAACAGGAGACAGUGGGGAAAGUGAGAGUAUUGAGUGAUGUGCUGGAAAAGAGUGGUUUCCAAACACACAAUGAUGUGCUGACUGACGUAGCAGUAAAGAAGCUAAUAUAACAACCCAAUGAAAAACCCGCUUGAAUCGAGGGAAGAACUGAGGAAUGACGGUGUCCGAACAGAGACUGAAUUUAAGACUGCUUUAGAAGAGUCGCAGGGCAAUAAUCUUAAGGCCAAGACUGCGUGGGGUUUGGGGUGUCACCAGGUUACUGAGGUAAAUGUACCAUUUCUGGCAAUGCAUUCUGUGUGCUGUGCCAGUUUGAAGUGCUGACUGCUCCCUCAGUUAAAAGCGAUGAUGGCUUGUGGACUCGUAAAAAGGAAGCUCAUGGUGGUGUGAAUACUUCCUGUGUCACAGAGUCGCGGAGUCCUGUAGCUCAGUGGUUAGACCACUGACCAAG